CGGCCUGCGGCCAGCCUGGGUGCUGCUCCCGGGGCUGCGGUGCGAGUGCGGUUCGCCCCAAGCCCCACAGGGUUCUUGCACCUCGGUGGCCUCCGCACUGCCCUCUACAACUACAUCUUUGCCAAAAAGCACCAGGGGAGCUUCAUCCUAAGACUGGAGGACACAGAUCAGACCCGUCUUGUGCCUGGGGCAGCGGAGAAUAUUGAGGACAUGUUGGAGUGGGCAGGCAUCCCUCCUGAUGAAAGCCCUCGUCGGGGAGGUCCUGCCGGGCCCUACCAGCAGUCUCAGCGCCUGGAGCUGUACACUCAGGCUGCAGAAGCUCUGCUGAAAACUGGAGCUGCUUACCCCUGUUUCUGUUCACCGCAGCGGCUGGAGCUCCUGAAGAAGGAGGCCCUGAGGAACCGCCAGACACCCCGGUAUGACAAUCGAUGCCGGAACCUGAGCCAGGGGCAGGUGGCCCAGAGGCUGGCCAAGGACCCCAAGCCUGCUAUCCGCUUCCGCCUGGAGGAGGAGGCACCAGCCUUCCAGGACCUGGUGUACGGUUGGAAUCGGCAUGAGGUGGCCAGCGUGGAGGGAGACCCGGUCAUCCUGAAGAGCGACGGCUUCCCCACGUACCACCUGGCCUGUGUGGUGGACGACCACCACAUGGGCAUCAGCCACGUGCUGCGGGGCUCCGAGUGGCUCGUGUCCACUGCCAAGCACCUGCUCCUCUACCGGGCCCUGGGCUGGCAGCCACCUCGCUUUGCCCACCUGCCCCUGCUGCUCAACAGGGAUGGCAGCAAGCUGUCCAAGAGGCAAGGGGACAUCUUCCUGGAGCACUUUGCUGCUGUCGGCUUCCUGCCUGAUGCCUUGCUUGACAUCAUCACUAACUGUGGCUCGGGGUUUGCAGAGAACCAGAUGGGCAGGACCUUGCCAGAGCUGAUAACACAGUUCGACCUGACUCGGGUGACCUGCCACUCGGCCCUCCUGGAUCUGGAGAAGCUUCCAGAAUUCAACAGGGUGCACCUGGGACGGCUGGUGAGCAGUGAGACCCAGAGGCACCAGCUGGUGGAGAAGCUGCAGGCCCUGGUUGAGGAGGCGUUUGGGAGCCAGCUGCAAGACAGAGGUGUCCUUGACCCAGCGUAUGUGGAGAGGAUCAUCCUGCUGAGACAGGGUCACAUUUGCCGCCUGCAGGAUUUGGUCUCACCCACAUACUCAUACUUAUGGACUCGUCCUGCUGUGGGUCGGAUGCAGCUGGGCGCCUUCUCGGAGAAGAUGGAUGUGAUUGCCAAGCGUGUGCUGGGGCUUUUAGAAAGGUCCACUACAAGUUUAACUCAGGAUGUGCUGAACAGAGAACUGAAGAAGCUGUCAGAAGGUCUGGAAGACACCAAGCACAGUAACGUGAUGAAAUUCCUUCGUGUGGCCCUCAGUGGACAGCCGCAAGGACCUCCUGUAGCUGAGAUGAUGGUGUCCCUGGGGCCAAAAGAAGUGCGGGAACGAAUCCAGAAGGUGCUGUCCAGCUAGGAGAUGAUGUGCAGGACAGUGGAGGUCUUCCUAGGAACCUGUGCCCUUGGAAACUGCCUUCAGAGGACAGGAGGAGGCCUGGGCCCAGUGAAAAGCUUGCAGAGGAAUGAAGAGCGGAAGCAGAAUCUCUAACUGCACACAAGUACAUUAUGGCUCCACAGCAAGCCCAUCCUCAAUGGUUGGCCAGGGAAGCCAGCCCUCCUCACCUUCCUGACUUAAGAAAAGAAGUCUUCAUCUCUAGUUUUGAAUACCACCUUAUAUAGUAGAGGUCAGGAUUUAGUUCACAGCAAAGUAACGUUCUGGGACAGUCCAGAGGGCUUGGGUAUUAGUUUUGUAGGGCUGCCAUAACAAAAAUGCCACAGAACUAGGUGGCUUAAGAACUUACUGGGACCAGGAGAUGGUGUAAUGGUUACAUUGCUGGGUUCCCAUGUAGUUGACCAUGGCUUGAGUCCCAGAUCCAGCAGCUUAAAACUCACACC